CGACAAUCGGCCCCUCCCAUCACAAUCGACCCUGAUUGUGCCUUAUACGACGGCUAUUUCUAUACGACGGCGCGGAACUAUACUUGGCAAUUGCAAUGCUCCAACUCUUAUGGCGGUACCAUCCUGGCGCAGACGACCGACACCACCGACUUGGGCUCAUGUAUCAGCGAGUGCGUGACCUACAACCGCGACAACACACCGGGAGCGUGUGUGGCCGUCACAUUCUCUGGUUCGUAUAGUGGGUCAGAUACUGUCUGCACGCAGUACAGCAGUGUUGACGAAGUCUACCUUGCGUCUGAAGAAGGAGGCUUUGUGAAUUCGGCGCUGCUAGUCUUGGGCCCAGAAGGAGAAAUCUUCGCGACGCCGCAACCCGAACCAACUUUUACUGGAGCACCGACUCAGCCACCUGAUGUCGACCCAGUGCCCAGGCAAACGACGACUUCCGUUGAUAUCACUCCAACAUCGACGCUGCUCUCAACCACGACCCCGGCCGCUGUGGUUACUUCUUACCUUGCCUUCACCACCACCACUGUUUCGACCAGUACAAUUCUUAUCACCUCAUGCCUACUAGACCAGCCGUGUCAGCCAAAUACGACGCCCACCCCUUCGUCAUCCGGAACGAGCACGCCAGAUGGUAUUUCUUCGACCACAAGUACACGGGCCGUCAAUAUCAGUGACGGCGGCUCAAGACCAAUCACCUCAAUGACAAGCACUACGAGCGUGGGAUUUGUUCCCGGAAGCACUAUAUCAGGCGCAUUCACUCUCGAUGCCGGUCAAAGAACAUUCACAACAAUUGUUCCUUUCACCGAGUAUCGAGUCCAAAUCAUCGAGAUAUGUGCAGCAACACCUACCCCUUGCUCCCAGUCAUUCAGCACGGCCACCAAUGUUAUUUACAGGACGGAGAUAUCUUGCUCGCCAGGCGCAUGUUUAGAUGUGGUGCCUACAACGGGGUAUUUGGUCGAUGCCAUCGCAGCAGCAACCUGUGUCGUCGUU